ACACAACUGUGGAAAGCGUGAACGUCGUGACGUCAGACGCAGGUUUGGAAAAGGAGCGCGAGCUAAAAAAAACAAACCAAGUAAACCCAUUGAUAAACGAAACAUGUCGCGGUUAAACCCGUUCGCUAAACUCCCAGGGUUGAACGCGGCCAGUGUUCUGCUGGUGGAGAAUGAGGAACACUUUCAGCAAAGUUUAGCAGAAGCUCUGGUGAAGGAGACCAGCGUCACUGUCAAUGUGAGGUUGGCCAAGAGUUUCCCCCUGCCCGUCGAAAACGAUGAGAGUCGCCCUAGAAUUGACCUGGUGGUGUUCAUCAUCAAUCUGACCUCAGAACUCAGUUUCCAGUCAGCCGAAGCUUCUUUAAAGUAUUUAGAGCCUGGAUAUUUCCUCGGAAAAGUCUGCUUCAUGGUCUCUAAUGCUCGCAGUUCCUCAGUCCCUGCAGAGCGACUGGACGCUGUCCGGAGACUGGCUGCGUCUCUACACUGCCCCCUGCUGUUCGCAGAAGAUCAGACCCAACAAGGUGUGACAAAUGCUGCAGAGCGGCUUCUGACCAUCCUGAAAGUGGCAGCCGGCUUUGUUCCCUUCACUACAUCUCUGUGCCUGUCUAACCUGACCAGAUCCACUCUGCCACCAGACAUCGACCAGCCCAGCUUCGAUUAACUCUAAAUAUUCUAUUUGUUUCCUUUUUUUGUGUUAAAUACAAUGUUUUUUGUAAUGAAAAUGUCUUUCUGGAGCAGAUUAAAGUCAUCAAAGCUUGGUAUUAAUUUGAACAAAUUAAAAGUUUCUUCCAUUUGUCCUCACAGCAGAAAUGACCGGCUGACCUCGGCUCUAUCAGACUGUGACCAGAAACCCGCCUGAUGUCACGUCUGCCAGUCACGCACACUCAUGCACGCUAUUAUUAGUUUUAGUUAUCAUGCAGGUUAGCCAAACAUCAUGUGAGGACAACACAAAGUCAACGAAGAAGCAGAAACAAACGUUUUUGAAUCCAACAGCCUGGUUCUGUGCGUCUUGACCUGUGAAUGAAGGUCGAACGACAUCGUCUGGGUGUUGGCAGAAGGGUUUUGUAUUUUUGUCGUUCACAGGAACACUUGAACUCUCUUUAGGAAUGAGUUCUAUUACCUCACUGAACUUGAGGCAAAGUCAAAGCGAGCAGCUGACCAGGAAGGAGGACACCACAGACACUCCUGGUACCUGCGUUCUGUCACGUUUGUUGCUGAUAAAAUCAUCGAUGCUGCUGCUCAGAUUUAGAAAAUAAUAUAUAAAAAAGGGGGUAUUUACUUAGUCUGAGUCUGUGGGGGCUCAGCAAGAAGACAAUGUCUUGUUAAUGCAUGUUUAGCAGCUAAUGUGAGCCUUGUAAAAAUAUAUUUAUUUAUUUGUUGGUGUGGGUUGUCAAAGUUAUUGGAAAAAUAGAGCUGAAAAUGUAAACGGUACCUUUACUUUUAGUAUUUUAACUACUUUUUUGUGGAGAUCAGCCCAGAAUGGUUGAAUUUUUGGGCAGGCCUGAAAGAGAUAACAAUGAUCUGCCUCCUGUGCCCGACAAUCUCCAGCAUUACCAGCCCCAACACGUGCUUUUUACCACUUCUGUUUCAAUUGUUUUUUGGACUAAAAAGGAUAAUAAUGAAAAUUUGCUACGUUUUUCUAUUUACAAAACGAAAAAAAAAGAAUUAAAAGCCACAUUACAAAAUCUAAA